AUGUCAUUCUACAAUGCAGUUCAAACAUUUUGGUCCUCAAAUCCGCCGUUUGCUUGCUUGUCUAAUUCCUUGAAUAAGCCAACACCACUCCAGCUGGAUGUUUCUUUGCCUUCAUUUCAAGACAUCAGAUGGAAUGUGUCUCGUCUUGUUUAUUUAUUCAACAUCCAACUGGAGAGAAAUGUUGCCACGUUCUUUAUCGUGCUUCUUGUGGCAUGCUUCUCUUUUGUCCUUAUUGGUGGCUUUCUCUUCUUUAAAUUCAGGGGCAGCAAUCAAUCUCUUGAGGAUUGUUUUUGGGAAGCUUGGGCUUGUUUGUGCUCAUCGUCCACUCACUUGAAACAAAGAACUCGAAUUGAGCGUGUUCUUGGUUUCGUUCUUGCUAUUUGGGGCAUACUGUUCUAUUCUCGGCUAUUGAGCACAAUGACUGAACAAUUUAGAAGUAAUAUGUACAGACUCAGAGAAGGUGCUCAAGUCCAAGUCAUGGAAACUGAUCACAUAAUUAUUUGUGGAGUCAACAACCGUUUGAGCUUUGUGUUGAAGCAGCUAAAUAAAUACCAUGAAUUCGCUGUUCGGUUGGGGACUGCAACGGCUAGGAGACAAAGAAUUCUUCUUAUGUCAGACCUUCCUAGGAAACAGAUGGACAAGGUGGCUGACAACAUUGCCAAAGAUCUUAACCAUAUUGAUAUUUUAACAAAAAGUUGUAGUCUAAGUUUAACAAAAUCAUUCGAACGGGCUGCAGCAAGUAAAGCACGUGCCAUAAUUAUACUGCCAACAAAGGAAGAUCGUUAUGAAGUUGACUCGGAUGCAUUUCUAUCCGUUCUUGCCCUUCAGCCUCUUCAGCAAAUGGCCUCUGUGCCUACUAUAGUUGAGGUCUCAAGUUCAAGUACAUCCGAGCUUUUAAAGUCAAUCUCAGGCUUGAAAGUGCAACCUGUGGAGAACGUCACGUCCAAAUUAUUUGUUCAGUGCUCUAGGCAAAAAGGACUCAUAAAAAUUUACAAACAUUUGCUCAGCUAUAGGAAAAAUGUAUUCAACCUAUGCAAUUUUCCCCAUCUAACUGGUUUGAGUUACGGACAGUUGAGACGUGGAUUUCAAGAGGCAGUUGUUUGUGGGCUUUAUCGAGAUGGACAGAUAAAAUUUCACCCAAGUGAUGAAGAGAUUCUGAAAGAAACUGACAAGGUAUUAUUCAUUGGGCCUGUGCACGGAAAGAAGAAACCAGUUCUCACAUAUCCUAAUGAAGCCAAAGACGAUGACUCGAUAAAUAAUCGUGAGAGGCUGGACAGUAUAGUCAAAAGACCCAAAAGGUCGGGCUCUAAGGCGUCUGAUUGGUGCUUAGGUCCAAAAGAGUGUGUGCUGGUGCUCGGGUGGCGGCCUGAUGUUGUGGAGAUGAUCGAAGAAUAUGAUAACUACCUUGGACCUGGCAGUGUCUUGGAAAUUUUGUCAGAUGUUCCUUUGGAUGACAGAUACAAGGCUUGCAAACUUGCUGGUCAAGGAAAGCUGAAAAAUAUUCGAGUUUCUAAUAGAGUUGGAAAUUCAAUGGAUUACAACACGUUAGAGGAUACCAUUAUCGACAUUCAAAAGUCUUUCAAGAAAGAAGAUGAGGUUUCAUUUUCCAUAGCCGUACUUUCUAAUAAAGAUUGGCAAGUUGGAGAUCCGUCAAGAGCAGACAAAAACUCUGCGUAUUCCCUUCUUCUUGCUGAAAAUAUCUGUGGUAAACUUGGUGUAAAGGUGCAGAACCUUGUAGCAGAAAUCGUGGACUCAAAAUUAGGAAAACAAAUUACACGCAUCAGACCAUCGCUCACAUAUAUUGCAGCAGAAGAAGUAAUGAGCCUUGUGACAGCUCAAGUGGCGGAAAACGUUGAACUGAAUGAGGUUUGGAAAGACAUUCUGAAUUUUGAGGGAGACGAAAUAUACGUAAAGGACGUUGGCCUUUACAUGAAAGAAGGAGAGAACCCAUCGUUUAACGAGCUAUCAGAAAGAGCAAAUCUACGUAGAGAAGUUGCUAUUGGUUAUGUUAAGAGCAACAGAAAGGUCAUAAACCCAAUGCCUAAGUCGGAGCCUCUAAGUCUUGGACUCACUGACUCGUUGAUCGUUAUAUCCGAGCUUGAAGGAGAACAACCAGUGAUUAUGUAG